CUUUCUUCUCCACUAAAUUCCAUUUCUCUUCUUCUACUUUACCAUCUUCCUCGCACACAUGGCUCCAUCUACGAAGACGGUUUUGAUUCCUAUUGCGCAUGGUACGGAGCCUCUAGAAGCGGUGGCGAUGAUCACCACGUUAAGGCGAGGUGGCGCUGACGUGACGGUAGCUUCCGUCGAGACUCAGGUUGGCGUUGAUGCUUGUCAUGGUAUCAAGAUGGUCGCUGAUACUCUCCUCUCUGAUAUUACCGAUUCUAUUUUUGACCUUAUUGUGCUCCCCGGAGGGCUUCCCGGCGGCGAGACUCUUAAAAACUGUAAACCAUUAGAGAAUAUGGUAAAGAAACAAGACGCAGAUGGACGACUUAACGCAGCUAUAUGUUGUGCUCCUGCGUUGGCUCUUGGUACUUGGGGUCUACUACAAGGCAAGAAAGCAACGGGAUACCCGGUUUUUAUGGAGAAACUUGCGGCUACUUGUGCCACUGCUGUUGAGUCAAGAGUGCAGAUAGAUGGAAGAAUAGUUACCAGUCGUGGACCGGGAACCACCAUAGAAUUCUCCAUCACCCUUGUAGAGCAGUUGUAUGGGAAAGAGAAAGCUGAUGAAGUCUCUAGUAUCUUGCUGGUUCGUCCUAACCCUGGUGAGGAGUAUACUUUUACUGAGCUUAACAAAACGGAGUGGUUAUUUGAAGAUACGCCACAGAUUCUUGUACCCAUUGCAGAAGACUCAGAGGAGACUGAGGCUAUAGCGCUUGUAGAUAUCUUGAGACGAGCAAAAGCAAAUGUCGUGAUUGCUGCAAUUGGUAAUAGUUUGGAAGUUGUAGGAUCAUGCAAAGCUAAGCUAGUAGGAGAUGUGCUUCUUGAUGAGGUUGCCGAGAAGUCAUUCGAUCUGAUUGUGUUGCCUGGCGGUAAUGGUGCUCAAAGAUUCGCAAGCUGUGAGAAACUGGUGAAUAUGUUAAAGAAACAGGCAGAAGCAAACAAACCCUAUGGAGGAAUCUGUAAAUCGCCUGUUUACGUCUUUGAGCAUAAUGGUUUACUCAAGGGUAAGAAGGCAACUACUCACCCAAGGGUGAGCAACGAGCUUUCAGACCAGAGUCACAUCGAUCACAGAGUCGUGGUGGACGGAAAUCUUAUAACGAGCCGAGCUCCAGGGACUGCAAUGGAGUUCUCACUUGCGAUUGUGGAGAAGUUUUACGGGCGAGAGAAAGCGCUUCAGCUUGCAAAAGCAACGCUUGUUUGAUAAGGCUCAGCCUUUAAGAUGUUAUGUAUCUCUCCUGGUGAGAUGAGUUACUUUGUAAUAUGAGCUAGUGGAUGUGAGUGUAAUUCAUGUCUUAUUAUCCAUAAAUAAAGAACAAAACUUAGGUUUGUUGAA